AUGGCGCACGCUUUCCUCGCCUUGAGUUUGGCAGUUACUGUUAAUGCCAUUGUAUCAAUAUCUGGACAGACAUUGAUAGUCAAUGGAGUCGAUUAUUAUGCUGCUCCAGAGUCCGUCUCCAUUAUUUCUGCUACAGCAGAUAUGCUGAGUUCAGCAGCGACAAUUGGUGUGGAUUUAAUUCCUUUGACUGUUAUGGAAGAUACCACGAGUUCUUUCACAACUUCUGUAUUCAGAUCUAUAGUUGGAAAUUACACUUCAUCCGAUGAUGUGUUCAAUGCUGGUUUCCUUCAAGCCAUCUACCUGAAACAUACCGGAUCCUCUCCAGCAACAGUUCAAUAUCCUCUCGGAGCAGCCCUCACAGAAUACGGAACCAAACUCUUCAUGCCCUCCAGAGCCUACACAUCCUCAGUCGAAGCCCAAGGACACAAUUUCACAGGAUGGAGAACAGAACUUCCUCCUGGUCCAUAUUUCAUGUCUGCAUCCACCGGUGAUAUCUACCAAGCAUACAGACUCUACUCUGACGUUCAAGGAGCUUUCACUGAAGGAUUGAAACCCAACACAGAUGGCACAUUUUCAAUUCUUAGUGCUGCCAUUCCAGGAGCUCAAAGUCUCACGAUUGGAGUCCCUUCCAGGCUCUACUACACCAAGACUGCCGCUCAACCGCUUGCAGGUGUACGGCUCGGUGUAAAAGAUAUUUAUGAUAUCGCUGGAAUCAAGACAAGUUGUGGAAACCGUGCUUACUAUGAUCUUUACCCUCCUCGAAAUGUCACAGCUGUUGCCGUUCAAACGCUCAUCGAUGCAGGAGCUGUCAUUAUUGGAAAGAUGAAGACAUCUCAGUUCGCCAAUGGAGAGACGGCCACUGCAGAUUGGGUGGACUACCAUUCCCCUUUCAACAUCCGUGGAGAUGGUUACCAAGAUCCUUCCUCCUCGUCUUCUGGUCCAGGAGCAGGAAUUGGUUCUUAUGAUUGGCUUGAUAUCGGCCUUGGAUCAGAUACUGGUGGAUCGAUUCGUGGACCAUCUGAAGUGAAUGGUUGUUUCGGAAAUAGACCUUCACACGGUCUCGUUAGCCUUGAUGGCGUGAUGCCGCUCUCUCCGAACCUUGACACUGCAGGAUUCCUCACCCGAGAUCCAUUUCUCUGGCAUGAAGCAGCGAAAGCUCUCUAUGGUAGCAACAUCGCAAGCAACUUCACCUCAUUCCCUACCAAAAUCCUCACAUCCGGCUUCCCUACCUCUGCAUCUAACGAAGCGAAUACCAUCCUACUCGAUUUCGUCUCACAGCUUCAAACAUUCCUCAACGCCUCAACCACUGCUCUCGACGUUGAGUCUCUCUGGUCAACAAAUGGUCCAGCAGCAGCAGGAGGAGAUUCCAUCGACGACUAUCUUGGAAUCGUCUAUCCAGUGUUGAUCGCCCAGCAACAAUACUCACUCUUCACCCUCCCAUUCUACGCCGAUUAUGCAGCUGCUCAUGAUGGAAAGCGACCAUUCGUUGAUCCUGCACCAUUGAUUCGAUGGGCGUACGGCCAGAAUAAUGUUAGUGCUGAUGCCACAACUCAAGCCUUGCAGAACAAGACUGUAUUCAUGGAUUGGUGGUCAACUGAAGUGAUCACACCGAGUGUUGAGAGUUGUAGCGACAGUAUUCUGUUAUAUGUUGGAAGCGAUGCUACUCCGAAUUAUCGAAACCUUUAUCGAAAUUCACCUGUACCUCCAACCGGGUUUAGCAUCUCGCGUGUGUCGAACUUUGCUGAAGUUCCUGAUAUGGUGUUCCCAAUCGGCCAAGCUGCAUACAAUUCCACGAUAACACUGCAAGAGGAGUAUCUACCCGUGACGGUGGAUGUUGUGGCUGCUAGGGGAUGUGAUGGGAUGAUAUUUGGACUUGCGGAGGCGUUGACUAAUGCUGGGAUAUUGAAAGUACCAGGGACAGGAAGUUUGAUGUAUUGA